AUGAAUGAUUGUAAACCAGUGGGUACUCCUAUGGAAACUUGUUGUAAACUUCAGCAAGAAGUUAAUCAACCUGAUGUAGAUCAUACAAUGUAUCGGUCCAUGAUUGGAAGUCUUUUAUAUUUGACUGCUACAAGACCUGAUAUAAUGCAUUCGGUUUGUUUAGUCUCCAGGUUUCAAUCAACACCUAAAAUAUCUCAUCUAAAUGCUGUUAAAAGAAUCAUGAAGUAUAUUUCUGGAACUCUUGAUUUUGGUUUGUGGUAUCCAAGGCAUAAUGAUUUUACCUUAACAACCUAUAUUGAUGCUGACUGGGCUGGUUGUCCUGAUGAUAGAAAAAGCACUUCUGGGGGUGCAUUGUUUCUUGGUGGAAGAUUAGUUGCUUGGCACAGUAAGAAACAAAAUUCAGUUUCCUUAUCCACUAUUGAGGCAGAAUACAUUGCUGCAACAACUUCUUGUACUCAGGUACUCUGGAUGAUUCAAACAUUACAAGUUGUCUAUCUUGAUGUGCUUAAACCAGUAUCCAUUUUCUGUGACAAUUCCAGCGCUAUAGAUAUUUCCAAAAAUCCUGUUCAACAUUCCAGAACUAAGCAUAUUGACAUACAAUAUCAUUUUCUUCGUGAAAGGGUUUUUGCCAAUGAUGUGACUUUACAUGGCUACACUGGUGACGAAGAUGAGGCCAUUGGAAAUGUAGAUGAGGGUGAUUAUACUGAUGCUCCAGGCGGUGAGAGUGAAAAAGGGGAUGUUCGUAGGAGCACGAGGUGA